AAUGAAAAAGUGAAUACAAAUUAUUAUUAUUAUCACUGAAUAUUGAAAUUUCAAAAAUAAGUUUUCCUCAAACUUUAGGCUACCCACUCUUAAAUCUAAAUUUGUAAUCUGGUUUGCUGGAGGUUCUCAUCUCAUUGAAUCAUGGAUGUUGAUGUGGUAUGCUUUGGCUUCAAUGGCUUUGGUCAAUUGUGCCCUGAAAACUUCACCUUCAUUCAAGAGUUGCUUCCAGAAGAUCUAAAAACACAAUCAGUAAAAUCAAUUUCAUUUUCUUGGAAUAAAUGUUACAUUUUAUUAAAUGAUGUCUUGCUGAUACGUGGAUUCAUUGAUGAAAAAAAGUCCAAUGAGAAAAAACUACAACUAUUGUUUGAUUAUCAAACGAUUAAAAUCACUUGUGCAGGAGAACAUGAGUUAUGUAUUACAGAAGAUGGCUCAUGCUGGAAAUAUUCUCAAAACCAAUGGGAAAAUAUCACCAAAUACUUGCAUUCAUUCAGUCAGCAUUCCUUCAAAGAUAGAGUGAAGGUUAUUGAUGUAUGUUCCAGUGAUACCUUACACUUGGCUGUUACUGAUUCUGGUUUAGUUUUCAAUAUACCAUUACAAGUUGAAAUCCUUCCCAAGAUCAAAAUUACAAAAGUAUGUUGUGGAUUAGAACAUGUUGUAGGAUUAACAGAUACUGGAUCAAUUUUUACAUGGGGAAAUGGCAGUCGAGGCCAGUUGGGCAAUGAUUCCUUGAAUUCGGAAGAGAAUCCACAGCUUCUAACUUGUCUAGAUGGUAUCCUUGUUACAAAUAUUGCAGCUGGUGGUUGGCAUUCAGCAGCUAUUACAAUAUGUGGUGAUGUUUAUACUUGGGGAUGGAAUAACUUUGGUCAGCUUGGUUUUCCAACUAACAAAAACACAGAACAUAGUAGUAGUGAUACUUGUAGUCUAUUGGCUGUUCCUAAAUGUGUCAAUUACCCUGAUCAUGAUAAUGUUGAUGUGAAAGAAGUUUCAUGUGGUACACAACACACUUUGAUACUCUUAAUGAAUGGUCUCAUUUAUGGCUGUGGCUGGAAUAAAUAUGGUCAAGUGAAUCCUUGUGACAAAUCUGAAUACUUUGAUGGCAUGACAUUAGUACCAGUACCCAAAAAUGUGCAAACAAUCCACCAAAUAUUUUGUGAAUCGUGGAAUUCAGCUUUAUUUGUUACUUACAAAGAUCAUCUAUAAAGCAGGUGCUGUUCAAUUUACCAAAAAAAGAAAAGAAGGUAUUACAGCUAAAUCAAGCAGUCUAGACAGACUGCCCCUCCCCAAACUAGAAAAAAACGAACACCAAAAAAAAACAAUAGGUACUAAACAUGAUGACAGUUCACCACUUACUUACUGCUUACAUUCUCUAAAUAACAAGGCGUAUUUUCAAUGAUAAAUUUCUCGCGAAUAAAUUAACACACGAUUCUGAUUUUUUGAUAUGUUGUUGGUCUCAACGAGAGCUUUAAUUUGGUAUGAUAACAAACUUUCUAGGGUAAAAAAUAAUGUGGAUUGGAAUACCCAAAGUUAGCAUUUUAGGAGUAAUUUUAGUAAUCGCUAGUCUUUGUUUCAAGAGAAAACUACUGAACCAAUUUGAGUCAAAUUUUGUACACUGGUGUAAAUUAGCGAGUUAUUACAAUAUAUAACGUUAGUUAUAAAAAAAAUCAUUUUUGCCCCCCUUUUCCCCAAUUAAAAAGUUUCUUUCCCCCCUGAAACAUUCAAAAAUAAAAUUUUUUGCUGUACUGUACAUUAGGGUCAUUUACAUUAUAUUCACUAUCAGUUAUCACUGUGCAAAAUCUCAAACAAAUUGGUUCAUUAGGGGAGGCUGUAGCCUUGUGAACAGAAAUUUCAGCUUGAAAAUUCUUGAAAACUUCUGUUGACUAGGCUAUAGGCUCUCCAAAUUAAUUAACUGAUUUGCUUGAAAUUUUGUACAGUGGUAUUAAAAAAUGUGACAUGUUUUUUCUAUUAUGACAAUGUGAAAAGGCUACAGCCUCUCCAAUUGAACCAAUUUGCUUGAAAUUUUGCACAGUAUUGUGAAUAUGAUGUAGAUGACGCUUUUCUACAGUACAGGAAACAAAUUCAGUUUGGGUGGGGGGGGGGGGUUAGAAGGGAAACAACUUUUCUAAUUGGGAAAAAAGGGGUCUAAAUGUUCUUUUUUUUCAACAGACAUAUUUUUCAAAAUAUUACCCUAAUUCAAAUUUUAAAUCACUGUAUGAAAUUGACAAACUUUGUGAUUUGAAAAAUUAUUUCAAGAAUUUUUUUGAUAACCAAAUUUCCUGUCAACAAAGCUGCAGUCAUUUAUGAUGAAUUAUUUUUUUAAAUAAUCAUGAUAUCACCAAAAAUGUGUUUGAAAAGCAAAACUACUACUGCAACCCCCCCCCCUCCUCCUCAAAAAAACAUACCUACUUACAAGAAAACAGAAAGAAUUGUCAAAAAAAUCAAAAAUCUACUGGGUAGGUAAUAUUUAGAUAACAAUUUCAAUGAAAAAAUUCAUAUCUAAUAUUGAAACAUCACCAAGCAAUGAUCAAUCAGCAGCUAUGUGAUCAGAAAUUGAUAUGCUUUUUUUUUUUUUUUUUUUUGGUUAGUGGUUAGUUUUGCUUUUUAAAAAUGUUUUUGGUACAGAUACCUAAUGAGUUCUGGCUGCUUACUUAUUUUUUCAUCUACAAGUAUUUUUUUUUAAAGUUCUCACUCUUAAAUCCCUGUGAAUAAUUAUUACUAUAAAACGUAAACUCAAAGAUUAACCUAAUUUCAAUAAUGUCCAAUUUUUACUGCUUGCAUAAAUACACACCAUUAAAAUAAAACUGGUAAAUUUCUUGACCAUAACAAUAAAAAUAUGUACAUGUAUAAAUACAAUCAUGCUGUGUAGUCAAACGUUUUUUUUUCUUGUGAUUGUCGAUAAUUUUCUAAUUACCAAUUGCUUGAAUUUUAUGGUUUAGGUUAGGUAAAAUUUAAUUUACUCGUAUUAACUGGAUUAUUGUAUUUGUAGCUAUAAUGUUUACACUUGACUUCAAAUCUUGACAAUGUUUCCUUAAUUUUCAGCUAAUGCUGCCAAGUGAUUGAUCUACUCAAUCUUUGUACAAAUGUAUGAGAAACCCAAUCAAAUUACUUGUUCUACUUUGAAGUAUGGAGUCUUUGACUAACAAUUCACAAUAGUAAGCUAUUGACUAAGAUGGAUAUUUAAUUCCUAGUGGGUUUAUGCAUUCAUUUAAUUAACUGUUUCAUCAAUGUAUAGUAGUAUGUACCUAUAGAUAAUUCAAUUCUGUUAUUUUGGCAGAUAUUCUUACAGUGAUUGUUUACCAACAUUUCCUUACUUAUGAGCUCAGAAAGAGAAAGAAUAUGAAUAAUGGACGAUAAUUAUACAAAUUGUGCAACUAUGUGAAUGACAAUGAUACAUCUUAUUUUUACAUGAAUUAUAUGUACCUAGCUUGUGAUAUUCAACUUUUAGAUUACCUAUGUACUUAUUUGUAAUCAUCUAAUAAGAAAUAUUUUUUGCUUAUGUGAUGUUUUUGUAAAUUCUUGGAAGUAAAAUUAAUUGGAAA